CUCCUUCUGCGACAACAUUCUUUCGAUGUGGCACAGCUGAUUUUAUUUUAUUUUUACACCUGCGAUCAAGAACAAAGUCUUGAUAAUAAGGUUCGCAUAUUUAAUACAAAUACAUCAUCGAAUUAUUUUAAUUCCUAAAUAAAAAAGCCACCCUGAUGGAAACUUAUUUACCUGCCAACAAUGAAAGGAUGAAUAAAUGAGACGCACUGCGACUAAUCAACUUUCCCGCUUUUCCGGAAAUAGUGGGUACAUCUGCUUCCGGAAAAGCGGCCGGUUGAUUGGUUAACGCGCGUCGCUUUUUAGCGCGCGUUGCACGCACGUUGCUGCGUGCCAACGAGGGCCACUUAACGUCCGAUCACCGUGGAGACGACGGACACGCAACAACAUCGGACGCUCGCGUGCGAAUAGCAGCCUGUCGCAUUGCACUAUUUAUAAACGCGAUGGGCGAACGGGCAUUCGUCUGCUUCCGCUACUGCCUGAUCGCCGGUGCGAUCCUUCUCGGCAUUUCCGGCGCGGUCGUAAGCGUGUUCGCCGGUUACUUCAUCUACCAGCUGCAUGAAUAUGCGCCGGUCACACCUGAUAACGUGUGUGGCUCAUCCGCCACCUUGCUGGCCAUGGGCGUUAUCACCUGCGGGAUCGGCUGGUUCGUCUGGCAAUUUCUCAAUUUUUCCAACAGAGGCCAAGUCAUCAUUUUUGCCAUAGCAUUAUCGAUUAUCGCUCUGGUCGAAACCGGUGUCGGAAUUUGGGCCUUGGUACGACACGAACAAGUGGAGACCUUGCCAUCCGCACAAUACGAUGAGAUCUUUGCCCUCGCAAUCACGGAUGAGAAAUCUACCUGGGAUCAUAUGCAGUCUACAUUACAUUGUUGCGGAAUAGACGGACCUUCCGAUUAUCGUGGUAUGGAUGCGAUUCCUUGGUCGUGUUGCAACACGACGAGCCUAGAGAACGACAACGGUACUGAAGGCGUUUGUACUACUAUUUACAAGCGGGGAUGUCAGCACGUAGUGUUAAAUCGGACAAGAUCGAUCCUCCUUCACGUUUUUCUACUUACGUUGUGUUCCGUGCUGUUACAAGUUUCUUUCAUAGCGUGUACGACUUGCUACGCCAGAAUUUACAAAGAUAAGAUGGAUAGAAGAAAGGCAGCGGAAAUAGCCAAGCGUUCGUCUUUGCAAGAGCCGGAUACUAAGGACGUCCUUCUAACACAUCGAUCAAAAUAUUUGCACAAUUCUGACAAUUCCUAGCCAACGUCGCGAACCGCGAAGGACGAAGGUGUGUGUCAUUUACGGAUGUUGCAUCACUGCGAUAUGCGAAAUACAUUUCGCGUGGUGACAAUAUCUACAGUAUACAGAUACAGGUACAGGUACAGGUGAUAUUGAUAUUGCUCCUAUCAUACAGAAUAUUCCAGAUUUGUCAAGAAAUAUUUUAGCAAAUAUUUUAUUUUUUGAAGAAUUUUUUGCGACUCCAUUUUUCUUCGGAUAUAAUAUCGAGAUCGCGUUAUUCGUUACAACUUUUGACAUUCAUUUUUUUCACAAGUAAAUCUCAAUUGAAAUUUUUGUUAAAAUCAAACGAAAAUAAAAAUUAUUUAAUUUACUUACAUAAAGAUUUAUCUCUAAAAUAUUUUUCACUCUUGGACUCUCUGUAUGAAGGAAGAAAAAAUAUUAUUUUGAAUGGUGCUAACCCUCUUCAACUUAUUCUUACUGCCUUUCUUAAAUUUCUUAAAUAAAAUACCUCGCCGAUUUUUUAUGGUUUAGAACACUGAAAUAUUCGCAGUUGAAAAAUAGCGUCAAGUUAUUGUUUACCUAUCAUUACUGCUGUUAUAUUCUAAUAGUAGACCAACAUAUCGACUUUUUUAAAUUUAGUUUUAUAUUUUUUUAAUUUUUUAUUUUAUUUAGCAAUGUCAAUCCACUGCGAAUAUUAUGAUUUUGUUCAAGAAAUAUAACAUCCGUUUGUUAACGUAUAGUGAGCAUAAUAUCAAAGUCUGCGUUUUUUAAAUUAGUUUUUGUACUUAAGAUAUCUUGUAAUGCAAAAGUCAUUACAUAAGCAAUCAAGUGCACCGUGCAAUGCUUUAUACAAUCAACGACAUGAGUAACAUAGACACCCGGUAUAUACGCGUCAUUCUCGUAUAUCUUACAAUAUCUAAGAACACUUGACAUUAGAUAAACUAACGAAACGCAAUCAGAAGAGAUAAGUUUGUUAUCGGAAUAAUCGGGAAACUAGUGCGAAUGCAGCUUUUUCUUUUACUUUUAUUCAUAUUUAUAUAUCUUAUACUUUUUUAUUUAUAUUUUUUGUUGAUUCCUUUUCGAAUUCUUUUCAUUAUGUUCUUAAUACUAAAUGUGCAAUUUUUUUUUAUUUUUGAGAAUGUAAUUUGUGCGGUAUAUGAAAAUGGAAACUAUUUUAUACUAAGAACGCGUGAAUGUACAAUCUUUCUUAAGAAAAAUGUGUUUGAGUAA